CUGCCCUUUUCUGCCCGGUUCCCUUUUCCUAACUUCUGGACAGUGGUUUAAAAUGGCCUUGCUGAGGCAUGUAUCUGGAAGAUAGAAAGGGUCUCUCACUGAACCUGAAGCUCAUCAAUUGGUUAGACUGGCUGGCCAGCGAGUCCCGAGACCUGUAUCAGCCUCUUCAGCACAAGGGUGGAUUACAGGUGUGGAUCAUCCAAACUCCUGAGAAAUCUGGCAGGUAGUAGUAUGGGAUAUGACCUGCCACGGCCCCCAAAGAUACCAGGCAGGAAGCAAGAGGUGCCAUUGAAGCUAACAAUGAAGAGAAUUUAAUGUGGAUGGACAGAACAGCUUCUGUGUGUUCCUUCCAACUCAGCUGUUUCUGAUGCCUGGAAGCUAUUCUUUCAGCCACAAAGAUGGUAAUAAAUCUUUGCCUCCCACAGUUCAGACCAAGAAUUCACUGCAAUAAGGUGUCAGCUGAUGGUUAUGAAGUAGAAAACCUCAUCUCUGAAGACCUCAUAAAGAGAAGCCAUGGCUUUAGGACAGAGUAUUUCAUUAGACCACCAGUCUAUGUGACAGUUUCCUUUCCCUUUAAUGUGGAAAUCUGUAGGGUUAACAUAGAUCUCACAGCUGGGGGAUGUCAGAAUGUCACUGGCCUGGAAUUAUACACAUCUGCCUUAUCUAGCAGAGCCUCUCGGGAUUCACAUGAGUGCUGGACUACAGACCCGAUGGAGCUAUCUGUCCCAGACAAGGAGGCAUUCACCUUGGUAGGCAAAGUCUUACUGAAAAACCAGAACCACGUGGUGUUCAGCCACAGGGGCUUCAAGGCCAGGCCACCUUUUAGCCCAAUGGAAGUCACACUCCUCUCUCCUGCUGUUGUAGCCCAGGAACUCUGGAAUAAAGGGGCUCUUUCCCUUAGCCACGUGGCCCACCUCAAGAUCGGAAUCACCCAUGUGACAGGCAGUGGCGUCUCUUGCAUAAAGCGUUUAGAGGUAUGGGGUCAGCCAGCCAAGACCUGCUCUCAGGAGGUGAUAAAUAGUGUCUUGUUGAUAGCAUCAGAAAGCAUGCCUAAGGACUUGGGUCUGCACACUCCGGUCUUGCCCAUGGAGAGUGACUGUGACCCUGAGGGUCAAUCUGAGGGCCAGCAGGCUCCCUGUGUCUUACAGGAGAUGUCUGAGAUGGUUAAUGAUGUGCCAGAGGAGUUCCUAGAUCCUAUCACCCUGGAGAUCAUGCCAUGUCCCAUGCUGCUUCCCUCAGGAAAGGUCAUUGACCAGAGCACUCUGGAGAAGUGUAACCUCAGUGAAGCUACUUGGGGCCGAGUGCCCAGUGACCCUUUCACAGGAUUAGCCUUUACCCCACAGUCCCAGCCCCUACCUCAUCCUUCCCUGAAGGCCCGGAUCGACCGUUUCCUCCUCCAGCAUUCUGUUUCUGGCUGCCACCUGCUUGGGAGAGCACAAACUACAUCAGCAAUGACCCCUUCUGUCAUUACCCUGCCCUCAAGGAAAAGAAAGCCGGAGCAGGCUGAACACAGCUCAGACUACAGCCUUGGCAUGGAUGCUUCUUCCUCUGCUCCCAGCCCUCUGCUCUCACCCAUUACCUCAGAGCCUACUGCCAAGAAGAUGAAAGCCCCCAGUGAGCCCGCCCUCGCGGAGAUGGACUGUUCAGCAGGACCCACCUGCCCAGGGGUAGCAGCACCCCCAGUGGUCUGGCCCUCCAUAUCAGUUAGUAAUCAAGAAAAUGUCUGCAGACUGGCCUCCAGGCAGUCUGAUGGAGGCGUUUUCUCAGGUCCAGUGUCCCAUGAGCAGAAGCUGUCGCAAAGUCUAGAAAUUGCCUUGACUUCUACCCUUGGCUCCAUGCCUUGCUUCACUGCCCGGCUCUCCCGGGGGCAGCUCCAGCAGCUGGGCACAAGAGGGAGCGGUGCUGCCAGGAGACCAGCCGCCAGCUCCGAGCACCCCAGGAGUGUUUGUGGUCCAGAGUGUGCCUCCUGCAAAAGAGCGUUUUCUUCCUACUCCACCAAGGAGCCUGUGUACCAGCUGCCCUGUGGCCACCUUCUGUGCCGACCCUGUCUGAAUGUGAAGCAACGUUCCCAGCCCAUGAUGUGCACAGCCUGCCAGCAGCCAGUCACCAGCCAGGAUGUGUUUCGGGUCCACUUUUGAGUAACGCGAGCCUCAACCAGAGAAGCCCCAUUUUGGGGGAGACCUGCAGGUGGAGGAAGCAAGAAUAGAACCCCAGUGCCCCUGUUCUCUCUUGGGUUUUAGCACCUCCUGGUGUGUUACGGAGCUGGGCAGGACACCCCACUCCUGCUUAGGCAACAACAGGAUAAUGAAGCCAUAGGCUGGCUAGGGAGACAUCCCUAUCCUCCCUGGCCGGCCUUGCCACUCUCCAGCCAGAGCCCCAUGUUACCUGCACACAACCUUUUGUUUUAUUUCAUUUUGUUUUGAUUUUUUGAGACAGGGUUUCUGUGUAUAACAGUCCUGACUGUCCUGGAACUCACUCUGUAUACCAGACUGGCCUCGAACUCAGAGAUCCGCCAGCCUCUUCCUCCUGAGUACUAAGAUUAAAGGUGUGCGCCACCACCACCUGGCUGCACACAACCUUCUAAUGGAGCUUUGUGGGUGGUGUUCAGUAGACUGUGACUUGGGACCUCACACAGCCUUCUCUGCCUCAGGGUCACUCCGAAGUAGACCAUUGUAGGGGUUGUUAAGCACAUGACUUAGCCAUGUGUCCUCCCAACCCUGCAGACACUUGGAGCCUUAAUACAAAGACAGUUGACAUUCACUGAGGCUUCCUCCUGGCACACAGGCCAGCACAGCCAUGUGCAGUGCCUGCCGCCUGUCAGGCAGUGGUUUCGAUUUGUCCAGCACGGGUGUGUCAGUGCUAGGGAUGGCCAGUAGCUUCUAUCAGGCCAGGUGCCGGAGUCUGUCUGGUUGCUCUGGUGCCACUCUCUGAAGGAGGAGAUUCCUGUUCUGUAUGUAGCCCACUGCAGGAGAAUAUUUGUGUAUAGGCAACAUCUUUAACCAAUUCUGUCUAUGUAUAUGGCACAUGUGUGCCAUGGUGUACCUGUGGAAGUCAGAGUACAGCUUCCAGGAGCUGGCUCACCCCUUCCUACUGUGGGGUUCCAGAACUGAAAUUCAGGUCAUUAGCACGUGGCAGUCUCCUCUAAUCUCUGAACCACCUCACUGGCUCCGUAGGCUACAUUUUUUUUUCCAUUCAAAAUUAAACUUUAUGGAGUCCCAAAGAAAACAAGGAUUCUGUGCAGCUCUGUCCACUGUCAAGAGCUUCUAGACAUGAGAAUAUCUGUGCAGAUGACCGCACUGUCCCAGUCCCUUCCAGGCAUGCUCCGCCUUGUCUUUAAGAUAAAUUACAGUCUCUUGAACCACA